GAGCAGCUCCACGCCAGGGGCCACUGCAAAGCCGGGCGCAAGAGUAAGGCCGAAAGGACCGAGUCUUGCGCAAAGCCAGCAGCCCUGCGGCCAAGGCGGAGACCGAAGAGGGGCUCCAGGCACCGAUCCUCGCGUAGCCCGUUGCCCCCUGCCCCGGAGGCGUUCCGGGGCACUUCUAGUCUCUGCAGCAGCCUCCCAUCCAGCCCCUGCUGCGAGGUGCCUCCAACUCUGCGCCAGAAGAAAAACUUCCCGCGCUCCCGCACAACUGCAGCGCCUCGUUCCCAGUGACUCCGGAGUCCUGUACGCGGCCCGCUCUGCGCGCACUUUCAAAGAGUAACAGUAAUUGUUAACAUCCCAGAGCGAGGCCAGCGAGGCUCCGUGCUCCCGACCCGAACAAUAGUCCCCUCGCCCGGUGCACUGCGGCGCGCGGUGCCUCCCGGGACUCGGGUGCAGCGACCAGUCCCCGCAGGGUUUCGAAGGCGCACAAGAGGCAGCGACAUGGGGAACGCGGAGCCAGCGCGGCGGCCUCGGGGCUCACAGCCUGCGCCCGCGCUGCUACUGCUCGCGGCGGCUACGACGCUGCUGCUUCUGCCGGGUGCGCGCGGGCGCCCCGCAGAGGAAGACGAAGAGUUGGUGCAGCCUGCAUUGGAGCGCGCGCCGGGACACACCACCACGCACCUUCGCCUGGACGCCUUCGGCCGGCAGCUGCACCUGGAGCUGCAGCCCGACCGCGGCUUCCUGGCGCCGGGUUUCACACUGCAGACCGUGGGGCGCAGGCCCGGGCCCGACGCGCUCGGUCCGGACGCCGCCGGCGACUUGGCGCACUGCUUCUACUCUGGCACGGUGAACGGCGACUCCGGCUCGGCCGCAGCUCUCAGUCUCUGCGAGGGCGUGCGCGGCGCCUUCUACCUGCAGGGCGAGGAGUACUUCAUCCAGCCCGCGCCAGUUGCCGCCACCGUGCGUCUCGCCCCAGCUGCCGCCGCCGCCGCCGCCGCCGCCGGGGAGGAGCCGCCGGAGCGGCCCCAGUUCCAUCUCCUGCGGCGGAGGCGGCGGGGCGGCGGCGGCGCCAAGUGCGGGGUCACUGACGACGAGACCCGGCUUGGGAGGGGCGAGGGGCCGGCGGGCGAGGACGCCGGAGCGCAGUGGCCGCGGCGGGACCCGGCGCCGCAGCGGGCGGGACAGCCGACAGGAACUGGAAGCAUAAGAAAGAAGCGAUUUGUGUCCAGCCACCGCUAUGUGGAAACUAUGCUGGUGGCCGACCAGUCAAUGGCAGAGUUUCACGGCAGUGGCCUGAAGCACUACCUCCUGACCCUGUUCUCCGUGGCAGCCAGGCUGUACAAGCACCCCAGCAUUCGGAAUUCAGUGAGCCUGGUGGUAGUGAAGAUCCUGGUCAUUUACGAGGAACAGAAGGGGCCCGAAGUGACCUCCAACGCGGCCCUCACCUUACGGAACUUCUGCAACUGGCAAAAACAGCACAACCCACCCAGUGACCGGGAUGGAGAGCACUAUGACACGGCGAUUCUCUUCACCAGACAGGACCUGUGUGGGGCCCAGACCUGUGACACUCUUGGGAUGGCUGAUGUUGGAACUAUAUGUGACCCCAGCCGAAGCUGCUCAGUCAUAGAAGAUGAUGGCUUGCAAGCCGCCUUCACCACAGCUCAUGAACUAGGUCACGUGUUUAACAUGCCCCAUGAUGAUGCAAAGCAGUGUGCCGGCAUUAAUGGCAUCGACCAGAAUUCCCACAUGAUGGCGUCAAUGCUUUCCAACCUGAACCACAGCCAGCCUUGGUCUCCCUGCAGUGCCUACAUGAUUACGUCAUUUCUGGAUAAUGGUCAUGGGGAAUGUUUGAUGGACAAGCCCCAGAGCCCCAUCCAGCUCCCCUCGGAUCUCCCCGGGACCUUGUAUGAUGCCAACCGGCAGUGCCAAUUUACAUUUGGGGAGGAGUCUAAACACUGCCUAGAUGCGGCCAGCACUUGCAUGACCCUCUGGUGCACGGGCACCUCUGGUGGAUUGCUGGUGUGCCAAACCAAACACUUCCCUUGGGCAGACGGCACCAGCUGUGGGGAAGGGAGAUGGUGUAUCAACGGCAAGUGUGUGAACAAGACGGACAAGAUGCACUUCCAUACUCCUGUUCAUGGAAGCUGGGGGCCAUGGGGACCCUGGGGAGAAUGUUCGAGAACGUGUGGUGGAGGAGUUCAGUACACAAUGAGGGAAUGUGACAACCCCGUCCCCAAAAACGGAGGGAAGUACUGUGAAGGCAAGCGUGUGCGCUACAGGUCAUGUAACAUUGAAGACUGUCCAGACAACAAUGGAAAAACCUUUAGAGAGGAACAGUGUGAGGCACACAAUGAGUUUUCUAAAGUUUCCUUUGGGAGUGGGCCCGCGGUGGAGUGGACACCCAAGUACGCUGGAGUCUCCCCCAAGGACAGGUGCAAGCUCAUCUGUCAAGCCAAAGGCAUUGGCUUCUUCUUCGUUUUGCAGCCCAAGGUGGUGGACGGUACCCCGUGUAGCCCAGAUUCCACCUCUGUCUGCGUGCAAGGACAGUGUGUAAAAGCUGGCUGUGAUCGCAUCAUAGAUUCCAAAAAGAAGUUUGAUAAAUGUGGCGUCUGUGGAGGAAACGGAUCCACGUGCAAGAAAACCUCAGGAUCAGUGACCAGUGCAAAACCUGGCUAUCACGAUAUCGUCACAAUUCCGGCUGGAGCGACAAACAUUGAAGUGAAACAACGGAAUCACCGGGGAUCCAGAAACAAUGGGAGCUAUCUCGCCAUCAAAGCUGCCGAUGGCACCUAUAUCCUGAAUGGCGACUUCACUCUGUCCACCUUAGAGCAAGACAUUUCCUACAAAGGGACCGUCCUAAGGUACAGCGGGUCCUCCGCCUCGCUGGAACGAAUCCGCAGCUUCAGUCCGCUCAAAGAGCCCAUAACCAUCCAGGUCCUCACGGUGGGCAACGCCUUCCGUCCCAAAAUUAAAUACACCUAUUUUGUGAAGAAGAAGAAGGAGUCUUUCAACGCCAUCCCUACUUUCUCCGAAUGGGUCAUCGAGGAGUGGGGCGAAUGCUCCAAGUCGUGCGGACUGGGCUGGCAGCGGAGACUGGUGGAGUGCCGGGACAUCAACGGGCAGCCUGCCUCAGAGUGUGCGAAGGAAGUGAAGCCGGCCAGCACCAGACCCUGCGCCGACCUGCCCUGCCCCCACUGGCAGCUAGGGGAUUGGUCCCCAUGUUCCAAGACUUGCGGGAAAGGUUACAAAAAGAGAACCUUGCAGUGUCUGUCUCAUGAUGGGGGGGUGCUGUCUCACGAGAGCUGUGAUCCUUUAAAGAAACCGAAGCAUUACAUAGAUUUUUGCACAAUGGGGGAAUGUAGUUAAGCAGCGUCCGUGUAGGGGGAAGGACGAGGUGUGGAAGGGCUGAGGUGCUGACAUCAAGAAAUUUCUUGAUGUCAGCACCUGGAGGGAUCCAGUGUACCUUGCCCGUGAGCAACAAGGCCUGUCAAGGAGUUGGGAGGGUAGAGGUAGGUAGAAAAGAAGUUAGAUCGUCAGAAUAUCCUGCCAGUUACAAAUCUGAUAGGGUAGUUAAUGAGGGUUAUUAAUCUCUGAGCAAUGAUAUAGCAUGAUAAAGCCCCAGGGCAUUAUUAUUAUUCCUUUUGUUACAUCUAUGACAAGUUAAGAAGAAAAUAGAAACAAUUGUCCAACUUAGUUUAAGGAGUAUACAAUCCCUGUGUUGUGGUACUGAUUGAAUACUUUGUAUAUUUAAAUUGUGUGUUGGGGAAUGAAAAGCUGGAGAGAGAAGAGAUUUGUUUAGCUUCAGACAGGGCUUACUUUACCUCACUAACAACAGAGGGAGAAAGGGGUACAAGUGGCAUCUUUAAUCAGCACUGAUAGGGCUGCUACCAUUUCGGAGAAUGUUCCUGCGGUCUUUUCUACCCAGAGGUAAGAGUUCAAGACUGUCCACCAUGACAGAAAUGCUUAACAACCUCAAAUGACCCAAAUGAACUCUUUAAUUUCUUGUGCCCUUGUUAUGUCUUUAUUCAUGAUUUUAUUUUGACAAAGAAACAGUCCCACGUGUCUGUAAAAAUGCAGGAAGUAUCCAGGGGUUAAAAAAGCAGCAACGAAUCCGAUGCUCGGAAAAGCCAGAAGGCAGGAUGGGCUCAGUACCUCCUACUUUUUCUUUCCUCUGUGUGUAAGCCUACUUUAAGAAUGUGGAUGUCAAAAAACAAAAACAAAACAAAAACAACAACAAAAAACCGUUUCUGUCUCAAGAAAGACUGGGUGAUCACACGAAAAGGAUGUAAUGCCGGUAUAAGAAUGGGGUGUGUAGAAAGGGAUCCCCAGGGUUUGGGGACAUGGAGAUCACUUGUCUCACAGUGGGGAGGCUACUGAGGGGUAGCAGGUCCAUCCCCAGCAGCUGGUCCAGCAGUCAUAUCCUGGUGAAUGUCUGUUCAGCUCUUCUACUAUGAUAGAGAAUAUGACUUUUUUUUCCAUAUGUAUAUAGUAAAAUAUGUUACUAUAAAUUCUACAUACUU